AUGUCAAACUCCAAAUGCGCGUCAGAAAAUAAGAGACCGAAAAAACAUAUCGAUUACAGUUUACAAUUUAAUCAAUGGAUUCUAAAACCAAUCGGAGCGUGGCCACAAAUAAAUGCAUCAAGUUCAGUGCGCAAAAUUAUAAUAUUACUACAAAUUUUCAUUUGUUUAAGCAUAAUAGCAAUCCCGACAAUACCGUGUUUAUUAUAUGUGUUAUUUGAAGCAGAGAAUAUUCAGCAAAAACUGCAUCCCAUGAUGCCACUGAUCAAUAGAUUUAUGAGCUCGAUGCAUUAUUGGGUGUUGCUCAAUCGUAGAGAUGAUAUUCAAAAAUUAAUACGACACAUGGAGACAGAUUGGAAUCUCAUACAAAGGAUUGACGAACGUGAAGUGAUGCUGCAGCAUGCCAAGUUUGGCCGUUUUAUUACCAUAAUCUGUGGAAUAAUGCUGCAGGGCGGUUGCCUAUUGUUCAGCUUCGUGCAAUCUAUAAGAACUGUAACAAUCACUAUCGGCAAUGAAACUGUCACAACACAUACAAUAUCAUGUCCAAUUUACAGCAAAAUUAUCGAUACUAGAUUUACCCCUAUGAAUGAAAUCGCGUUGGUCCUGCAAAACCUGAUAGUAAUAGUAGUAAGUUUCUGUACUGCCGGUGGUUGCAGUUUGGCUGCUGUCUUCGCAAUCCAUGCUUGUGGUCAGUUGAACGUGCUGUAUGUGUGGCUACAUGAAUUAGUUCAAAACCAAGCGAAGGAAAAUGAUGAAACUGAACGAAAACUGGCUGCUAUCGUAGAACAUCAUCUGAGAAUAUUGAGUUUUAUAUCACAAGUGGAAAGUAUCACGCAUAAAGCCGCUCUUGUUCAGAUAAUGGGGUGCACGGUAAUCAUGUCCUUGCUUGGAUAUUACACUGUUACGGGUUGGGAAACACUUGAUACAGGAAAAAUAACAUCUUCCCUUACUGUGUAUUUAUCGAUGAGUUUCAAUAUUUUUAUAUUUUGCUACAUCGGGGAGAUUGUCACAGAACAGUAUGCUGUGUGCUUUCGUGCAGCAAUCAUGUCAAAUUCCAAAUGUGCAUUAGAAGACAACAGAUCAAAAAAAUAUAACGAUUACAGUUUACAAUUCAGUCGAUGGUUUCUCAAACCAAUUGGUGCGUGGCCACAAAUAAAUACACCAAGUUCAGUGUGUAAAAUUGUGAUAUUACUACACAUUUUUAUUUGUUCAUGCAUGAUAGCAUCCAAUAUGGUACCAUGUUUAUUAUAUGUAUUAUUUGAAAAAGAAAACAUCAAGCUAAAAUUGAGUGCUGUUGGACCAUUGCUUCAUAGAGUUAUGGGCUCGGUACAUUACUGGGUGUUGGUUAAGCGUAGCCGUGACAUUCACAAAUUGAUACGACACAUGGAAACAGAUUGGUAUCUGAUAGAACAGAGGCUCGAUAAUCGUGAAAUAAUGCUGCAACAAGCCAAGUUUGGUCGCUUUCUCGCCAUGAUUUGUGGUAUAAUCAUGUUUGGUGGUACAACGGUGUUCAGCAUAGUAAAGGCAAUGAAAACCGUAACAACCAUCGUCGACAAUGAAACUUUUACAAUACAUCCGUUGACAUGUCCAAUUUACAGCAAAAUUAUUGACAUGAGAGUUAGCCCUGUGAAUGAAAUUGCGUUGAUUCUGCAAAACCUGGCAGUAUUUGUAGUAAGUACCUCUACUGUCGGUGCUUGCAGUUUAGUUGCAGUUUUCGCGAUACAUGCUUGUGGUCAGUUGAAAGUGCUGAAUGUGUGGUUAUAUGAACUAGUUGAAAAUCAAAAGAAGGGAAAUGAUACAGCUGAGCGAAGAUUGGCUGCUAUUGUAGAACAUCAUCUAAGAAUAUUGAGUUUUAUAUCACAAGUAGAAAGUAUUAUGCAUAAAGCCGCUUUUGUGGAAUUAGUCGGAUGCACGAUAGUCAUGUGUCUGCUUGGAUAUUAUACUAUUAUGGCUUGGGAAACACUUGAUAUGGCAAAAAUAACAUCUUCCCUUAUUGUAUAUUUAUCGAUGGGUUUCAAUAUAUUUAUAUUUUGCUACAUCGGAGGAAUUAUCACUGAACAGUGCAAAAAUGUCGCAGAAAUGGUAUACAUGACUGACUGGUAUAAUUUACAUCAUAAAACUGCACGUAGUCUCAUUCUGAUUAUUGCUCGAUCGAAUAACGUAAUUAAGAUCACAGCUGGAAAGAUAUUCCAUUUAUCCAUCGCCACCUUUGGUGAUGUAAUUAAAACUUCGAUGGUAUACUUAAAUUUCUUGCGAACAAUGACUUCGUGGAAACAUUACGAUAUCAAAUAUUACACCGUGUGCUUUCGUGCAGUGAUCAUGUCAAAUUUCAAACGUGUAUCAGAAAACGACACAUCAAAAAAAAAUACCGAUUACAGUUUACAAAUUAAUAGAUGGUAUCUUAAGACAAUUGGUGCGUGGCCACAAAUAAAUACGCGGAGUUCAGUGUACAAAAUCAUGAUACUACUCCAAAUUUUCAUUUGUUCAAGCAUAAUAGCAAUUCCAACUAUACCGUGUUUGUUAUAUGUGUUUUUUGAAGCAGAUAACAUCAAGCAAAAGCUGAAUGCCAUUGGACCGCUGCUUCAUAGAGCUAUGGGCUCGAUACAUUACUGGGUGCUGCUUAAGCGUAGCAGUGACAUUCACAAAUUAAUACGACAUAUGGAGGCAGAUUGGAGCCUCAUACAAAAAACUGACGAACGUGAAGUGAUGUUGCAACACGCCAAGUUCGGCCGUUUCGUCGUCAUAAUAUGUGCAGUGUUUAUGCAGGGCGGUUUGUUUCUGUUUAGCAUAGGAAAAUCGAUGAAAACUACUACCAUUAUGGUUGGCAACGAGACUUUCAAGACGCAUCCAACGAAUUGUCCAAUUUACAGCAAGAUCAUCGAUACGAGAUUUAGUCCUGUGAAUGAAAUCAUAUUAGUUCUACAGAAUCUUACAAUGUUUGUAGCGAGUUUCUCUACCGUUAGUGUUUGUAGUUUGGCCGCUGUCUUUGCGAUACAUGCUUGUGGUCAGCUAAACGUGUUGUACGCGUGGUUACACGAACUUGCUGAAAAUCAAAAAAGAAAUGAUACAAAUCGAAAAUUGGCUGCAAUCGUAGAACAUCAUCUUAGAACACUGAGUUUUAUAUCACGUGUGGAAAGUAUUAUGCACAAAGCUUCUCUUGCAGAAUUAAUGGGAUGUACAAUAAUGUUGUGCUUACUUGGAUAUUAUACUAUUAUGGCUUGGGAAAUGUUCGAUACCGCAAAAAUAACAUCCUACGUCUUUUUGUAUUUAUCAACGGGUUUCAAUAUUUUUAUAUUUUGCUACAUUGGGGAGAUUAUCACAGAACAGUGCAAACGUGUUGGGGAAAUGGCAUAUAUGACUGACUGGUAUGAUCUACAUCACAAAACUGCAAGUGGUCUGAUUCUAAUUAUUGCCCGCUCGAAUAAUGUAAUUAAGAUCACAGCGGGAAAAUUAUUCCACUUAUCCAUCGCAACUUUUGGUGAUGUAAUUAAAACUUCCAUGGUAUAUUUAAAUUUUUUGCGAACAAUGACUAUGUAA